AUGUCGUCCACUCUCUCUUUGGCCCUCCUGGCCGCCCUUCCGGCACUCGCCGCCGCUGCUGGUGGCAGUGUCGGAGACGGCUUCAUCCGCCAUGCCGUCACCGCCAAGCUGCCCGAGUCGUCAAACGACUGGAUCUCAAAGAGGCAGAAUGGUGUGCAUCUUACCGACCAGCGCGGCGGCACCCUCUACACCAUCACCCUGGGAAUCGGCACCCCCGCACAGGAUGUCUCGGUGAUUAUCGACACGGGUUCUUCCGAGCUCUGGGUUAACCCGAAUUGCGGUAAUGACGACAACACGGCCUUCUGCGAGACUCUGCCGCAGUUUGACACCAGUUCUAGCAGCUCUCUCGUCGACCUCGGCGUCCAGGGUCAGAUCGGCUACGGGAAGGGCUUUGUCGAUUUCGAGUACGUCGCCGACUUUGUGACCGUCGGAUCUGCGAGGAUCCAGCAACAGAUAUUCGGCGUGGCCACCGACAGCAGUGACAUCCCGGCAGGCAUUAUGGGUCUCGCCCCGGCUCUGUCGUCGCUUGACCCGGAUUAUCCCUAUAUUCUCGACAGCUUGAAGCAGCAGGGCUUCAUCAACAGCCGCGCCUUCACUCUCGACCUACGGAGCAUUGACUCGCCUGAUGAUGGUUCCGUCAUCUUCGGCGGUAUCGACACCAAGAAGUACAUCGGUGCCCUCGAGAAGCUCCCGAUUAUUGACCUGACCGAGACUCUGGGAAACCGAUACUGGAUUGGCUUGGACUCGGUUGGCGUCACCCUGCCUGACGGUACCGAGCAGACCUUCUUUGACGGUCCCGGCUUCCCCGUCUUCCUCGACAGCGGUGGCACCCUGAGCCGCCUGCCCACCCCCCUCUACAACGCCAUCGGCUCCUCGUUCCCUGGCGUCCAAUUCGAUGCCGGGUCUGGAUUCUACGUCGUCGACUGCUCCCUCACCGAGGGCGACGGAUCCGUCGACUUUGGCUUUGGCAACAAGAUCAUCCGUGUCGCUUACAAGGAUUUCAUCUGGCACAUCCCCGAGAGCGAGUUCUGUGUUGUUGGCCUGCUGGCCGAUGACGAGUCCCCUGUUCUCGGCGACUCAUUCCUCCGUGCCGCCUACGUUGUCUACGACCAGGACAACUACAACCUCCACCUCGCCCAGGCCGACAACUGCGGUGAGAACCUUGUGGCUAUCGGCUCCGGCCCCGACGCUGUUCCGUCCCUCACCGGCGACUGCACUGGUCCUUCCGAGACUGGCGGUCCCACCGAGACCGGC